GCCACGUCCCGGAGUCCCGCGCGCGCCCGUCCUUUCCGGUGCGGCGCCAUCCUUGCGGCGCGGGUGAGGCAGAGUGGCUCUGUGUCCAUCCGUGUCCAUCCGUGUCCAUCCGUGUCCAUCGGGCCCGGGCGCCGUAGCCAUGGCCAUCCGCUACCCCAUGGCCGUGGGCCUUAACAAGGGCUACAAGGUGACCAAGAACGUGUCCAAGCCCCGGCAGUGUCGCCGCCGCGGGCGCCUGACCAAACACACCAAGUUUGUGCGAGACAUGAUCAGGGAAGUCUGUGGCUUUGCACCUUAUGAGCGACGUGCAAUGGAGUUGCUGAAAGUGUCCAAGGACAAACGGGCUUUGAAGUUCAUCAAGAAGCGGGUUGGUACUCACAUUCGGGCCAAGAGGAAGCGGGAGGAACUCAGUAAUGUCCUGGCAGCCAUGAGGAAAGCUGCUGCAAAGAAGGAUUGAGUUGCACAGGCUGCAACACAAUAAAGUCCUUUCUCCCAAAA